UUAAACAAUGGCGAUGCCGCAGCCGAGAAGACAAGCUCGAUCUUCCCCUCCGUGGGAAGUCCUCCGCCUCAUUUCCGAGUUCGUGGGCGAUCCCAAGUCUCUCGCCGUCGCAUGCUGCGUCUCCAAAUCGUGGCAUGCCGUCUUCACCUCGGACCACCUAUGGACGCCUCUCUGCCGCUCCCUCUUCCCUUCCUCCGCCUACAACGCCACCGCCGCCGCCGUCUCCUCCCGCCACCUCUUCCAGCUCCUGCACACCGCCGCCUCCCGCCGCCGCCGAACGCGCUCCCAGCUCCUCCUCCACCUCCCACGCUUGAUUUUCUUCCUCGACGUAUUCCAGCGCGGCGCGCCGGUGCUGUCGCUGGCCCGAGCGGGGUCGGAGCUCGUUUCGCACCGAGGCGUCUUCCGGUUCGAGGUGCCGAUGAACGGAGAGGAACCGGCGGCGCUCGACUCCUGCGACGAAGUGAGGGUGGCAUGGACGGUGGUGACCGCGGAGUGGCGCGAGGCAUUUGGGUUGAUGGAAUUCGAAGGGCAGGCGAGGGCUGUCGGAAACAGAGAGAUGUGGUUCUCUGAGAAGCUGCCGUACCCAUCGGCAUUUUGCUGCUCGGAGGCCGAGGCCGGGUUUGAGGCUCAAAUCUUCAUCGAGCUUGCCGAUGAGGUUCAUGGCGGCGGAAGGACUGUGGAGAAGGUGAGUUUUGGAUUGAUGAACACUAAGACGUGGAGAUAUGUAAAAGAGGAGGAUGGUUUGCUUUAUUUGCAGUACUUCCUAAUGGAUACAAAGUAGCAACUUCA